AUGCAGCAAAAAUUAAUUUUCCGUCAAGCCGAAAAAUCGGAUGCGCCGGCAAUUUUGGAAUAUUUAUUGGAGCAUUUUUUCCCAGAAGAGCCGUGUUCAAAGGCCCUAAAGCUGCACAUUUCUGAAAUCGAGCCAAUCUACGAGUCUCUUAUCGAUCGCUGCCUCGAUUUUCCAUUUUCUACAGUAGUCGUUACGGAUUCUGGAGACAUUGUUGCGUGUCUUCUGAAUUCUAUUUGGAGACGUGAAGAUGUGAGUUCUGAUGGAGCCGAUUAUGAAGCGGAAGAGGGAGCUACAGAGAAUAUGACCAAGUUUUUAAAAAUGCUGAACCAAUGUCAUGAAGAUUUCUGGUCCCUAUCUCCAUCAGACAUUCACGUCGUGCUUCAUCGUGAGAUUUCCAGCGUUUCCGAUGGCUUCAAAAGACGUGGAAUCGCUACAAAAAUGCUCACAGCUAACAUGGAAAAACGAAAAAUCGACGAUUUCUGUGUUGGCGGAGUGAUUUCUGAGACUUCAUCGCACGCCAAUCAAAUUCUCUUGGAGAAGAAUGGGUUCAAAUGUCUAAAGGAGAUACCGUACUCGAGCAUUUUGGAUUCUCAAGGAAAUCAAAUUCUGAAGACUGACGAUGGUGCACAAGGACUUCGUUUAAAUUUGAAGAGAAUCGAACAUUUCGAGUUAUUGGAUUAA